AUGGAGUAUAACAUUGUCCAAUCCCAAGCUGCCAAGCCCGCGCGGGCCUACUGCAAACGCAAAGACAUAGAAGUCCACAAAGAAUUUAUUCUGCAAAAACAUGAGGCCGGAGAAAAACAGGAAGCUAUUCUUGCAGCGUUGAAGGAAGAGAAGGGAUUUGAUAUAAAGCCAUAUAAUUUGAAAAGGAUCCUUGGGAUAUGGGGCGUAUCGCAUAAAAAUUUGACGAAAAAGAGAAGGCUUCAUAUUCGCCGAGCUAUCGACGAACGGCGUCGAACUAAUAACUCUGAUCUUCGAGUUAAGUUUGGAAGGUCCAAUAGAAUGUUGAAAGAUGAAGAGAUUGAAGAGAUAAUGAGUCUUCAAUCAGACUACUUCGAAGAUGUGAUCCCCAGCCCCGGCGACAUCGAAUUUUCUAGUCCACUACCAAGUGCGAACAGUAUAGAGGAAGAAGAAGAAGAAGAAGAAGAAAGAAAUCCUACUACUGGGACAUCCCCCACUAGCGAGAGCCCCGACACCGAUAUCGGGAAUAUCCAAGCUGAAGGCAUUGAAAAUGACCAGAAUGGAGCUGCCAUCGAUAACGACGUACGCGGCGAUGAGGAGGAGGCGUCUCCAUUUGACCAAACUGGCCACAUGCACAAGUCCGUCGAGGGAGUGAUAAAUCGAUCCGAGGAGACAAAUGAAGACCUUCAGAAAGUCAUAAUCAACGGUAUCAAGGAACUUGGGAUUGAGGAUAAUCAGGAAGAUGAUUUCUAUGACGACGAAGAUUUCGAAAUUGUUACCGACAUCGAUGUUCUUGCGGAGACUGAAGAUGGGCUAUUUCAUGGAUCUCCUAAUAUGGUGGCACCAGGUUGGAGCUUGGAACGGCUACGACGAUACUCUCGUUUAUUCGAGAGUGAGUAUUUGGAUUGGGUUAAUGGUUGGAAGGCUCAUUCCGCUUGGAUAGUUACACAGGUGGAUAUGCGCCGGGAGUUGGGUAUGUCAGACGAGGAAGCUUCCGAGGAUGUGUGGGAGCUAUGUGAAAGUGGCGGCGACUUUUUUAUACCUUACAAAGUUUGCAUGGAUAUUCUGCGAACAGAAACGAGCCCCCUUACGAAUAAACAAGAGAGCGAGAGUAACAAAAGCAAUGGGAGGAUCAUAGUUUCCUCGAUUGAUAAAUUGUUUUCGGAUGCAUGCGCAGCGGCCGAUGACCCUUUCCUGUUUUCGCUCGAAUAUCAAGCCGACAGAGAUUUCCGGCGUUGUGUGGUUCACCUACCCCGGAUUAUACGGGAAUACGGAUAUCAAAGCUUCUUUACCGCGCUAUGCCUCCAGGGAGCCUUCGAGAUGCUGGCCAAACCCGGCUUCGAUCGUUUCAGGGACAAUAUCUCGCCCUUCGCGGGGAAAUCAAUCGAAAUAUUCGAAACAAUCGGAAUGGGCUGUGACCGACUGAGCUGGUGUGAUCGUUACCACGCACUCUCGGAAAGUGAAUGCCCGCAGCGGAACUUAUUACUACAGAGGCUACAAGUACGAUACGGGAGGGAUUACUCUUUCAUGAUCCGAGUAAAUAUAUGGAAACUUUAUUGGAUGAUACAAAAGGGAGGUCGCCGUACACAAACUCAAUACACAGCCAUUCAAAAAUUGCAGUCGAAAAUCUUCGAUGGACUUGGGCACGUGGAUCUCGACCUGAAGAGUUCUUGGUCUCAAUUGGUUUUUGCAUCAUUGGUUGGUCUCUGCGGGGUGCUUCGCGAUGAAGACAACAUAAUAUUGGCAAACAUACUUCAGAGACGCAUCUCGGGGGCCGACGUCCAACAGAUAACGGGGAUGGGGACGGUGGCUCAGGAUCGGGCUAAUGUCUGGGGUGCGAAUCUUUCAGCAUGUGCACUUGCCUUGGGCCUUGCUUACUCCCGGACCGAGAAGCAUACCUUGUCUUUGGAAAUGCUAAUUCGGGCUUAUGGGACAUUACCCUUAUAUCGCUCUUCAGUCCUGGGGGGCGUGGAACUAGCUUUAUACUGCCUUUGUCGUGUUGCGGAUACACGUGGCCCUGUUUUAUACGAGUACCUUAACCCUGUCCUGACCGAUGCCUGCAAACGAUUCAAGAAGAACAUUGCCAAUUCAAUUUCAAUGACCUCUGACUGGCGAAAAAUGCUGGCCAAGCACAACGCUCGCCGAAAGUCUCAGCUUCACAAAAAUUACAUGAAUAAUAUACCAGCUCUUCAAUCCUGCAACCGAUUCUCAACGCCGGACCUACAGCAAUAUCUUUACUACCAGGCGUUAGAUAGCUGGGCAUGUAGCGAAGGAAUGCACAAUAUACUAGGCAAUAUAGAUCUUGGGGGAUCUGUUAUGGAGUGGGAAGAAACUGGAAUGGUUACUGGGAUGCAGGUGGAUAUCAUAUCCACUGAGGAAGAACUUGAGAUGAUAUCCCAAAGAUAUCGCGAAGCAGAGGCAGCGGGGUUAGUUGAUGAGAACGGCAAUCUGAUCACAUCUUCGUCACAGAUGAGUAUUCUUUGGUAA